GAGAAAAAACAAAGGUUAAAACUAGAAUGCACGCCAUCUUCACGUCCCAUGCCCCUGGCUGCUCCAGGACUUUCCUUUGCUCUAGAGCUGCUCUCCCCAUAGCCCUGCAGCAUCCUGCAAGGAGAAGAGAAACCUGGGAAUACCUGCCCCCUCUUCACUGAGAUUUGAGAAGUAAAACUUGGCCCUUGUAAAGUAAAAUAGCUGUGGUUUCAAACCGUAGGGGUCACAGGGUUGCCCCUGAGGGCUCUGUGAAUGGUGGCUCAGAGGAGACGAGGUUAUAGCCUUAAACUUCCUAUGUAAAAGUGUACCUCUUCACAACAAAAUGCAUAAAGAUCCACAAAUCAAGUGAUGUUGAAAACCACUGGUUUCUAUGAUUUAAGAAGCAGUCUUCCAGUGUAGUUUUUUCACCUGUUAGCUCUUUAGAUAAGUGGGUUUCUGUUUCCCUCUAAGAAAUUCCAAAAAACCAAGACUGCUGUAGCGCCAGAAACGAUGGUGCUAAUAUGAUUCCAGUUUAGGAGAACAGAUGCUGGGAAGAUGAGGCCAAGGCAGAUCAGGGCACGCAGCACCUCUGUUAGCCUAUCCCGGAGCUGAGGUCCUGUAAUACAGUGAUUAUCUUGCCACAUGCUGAGCUCCAAGUUCCUAAUGCUGGAUUAGGGGUAUGUUGGUGCUGAGCCAGGCAUCUUGGCACUGCCCUGGUGCAGCUUGGUUAAAGGCUGUGGCUCAAGCACAUGGCUGAGGUUAAGCACAGGCUUGCAUGCUGGUUUGGAUCAGGGCCUAGGGCUCAGCGAGACUGAUUUCCACCUUGGUUUCUGAGUCUGGUGUUCCUUAAUGGAGAGUCCUUGGGGGUAUUUAGCCAGAAAAAAAAAAAAAAAAAAAGCUGAACGCAGAGAUCAGUGUUGAUGCUAUGCUCUCAGCAAUCUAAUCCACAGUCUGUUGGACCAUGGGAAAAUCCUAGCUGCCUUCACCAGGCUGCAGAGGAGGAGGGCCUCAACUGCACUCUUGUUUUCAGUGCCAUGCUGAGAAGUUAAUUACUUGAAUUAAUUAUUUAUCUCAGGUUCAGAACCUUCCUCGAGUGUACAGCUGAAAUUAGCAAAAGAAAAUUCCAUAGCAUGAAUGUGAAAAGCACCUUUUAAAGGAGAAAUUAAUUCUCAAAAGGCCGGGCUUGCUCUUUGCUCACACAUUAAUCUGUUUUGGCUGGACGUGGUGAUUUGGAUCUGAAAACCAAAAAUGCAGUUUCAGUAAGGUCCUGGUACAAAUUGUGUUCAUCCUGGGUUGAAAUGUCAGCUGAGCACUGACCCUGAGGUCUGACCCUGAGGUCUGCCCUAGAGAGUCAAAGUUGCCAGUCUGUGAUGACAAGUCCAUCAUGGUCUGGGAAUCUCAGAAAAAAAAAUAUAUGAUCUCAUGCUACUUGCUGCUUCAGGAGACAGUAGGCUAAACAGACCAAUAGAAAACAGACACAGAAGGCAUGGACAUAACCAGGUCUGCUCAUGAGGUAGCAGCUCUUGAAUCACAGAAUGAUGUAGAAGUCUAAUAUGGCCCCACGUGUAAAAGGAAGGUGUAGGUUAUUGCUUUUUUCAGUAUGGUUUGGGUUGUCCAUCAUCUCUAUCCCAAAGUAGGAAUGGAAAAUAAGGUUUCUAUUUUCUCUUCAUUCAGCCUUGUCCAACCCGCGUUUGCUUAGAAAAUACUUUUUCGUAGGUGUCAAACAAGUUUCAUGUUAAGCUCACAGGCCUUUAAUCAGCCAGGGAACACGAACAGCCUCCAUUUUCUGAAUCUGCUGCUGGUAAAUGCCCUUUGAAAUGACUUCACUAGGUUAUAAUUGUUCCUGGAGAAGGUUGGCCCAACUGCUGGUAAUUAAACGUUUGGCUGAUGGAAACUGUUAAAACGGAUUGCUGCUUUGCCUAUAGCAUUGUGUUAACAACUCAAAAGUCUUUAUACUUUUUCUAUAAAACACAUGGGAGUUUUAUGCCUGGAAUAUCUGCUGCAAUAAAGAGAAUAUGGUGCUUCAUUUUUGUUUGCAGCAUUAAAACUUGGAAGAGAAGAAAGAACUAAGGUUCAGGAAUGAGGUCUGGAGUUAGUGUUUCAUGAGGCUCGUUCAGUUGGUACCUGUGGUUUCAGCACAGCCCAUGGCAGGGAUUUAGGUAUCAAGAGAGAUUUAGAUUUCUGACUCCAGUACAGGCAUCUACAAGGGAAUUAAGUGUCCUACGAGGCUGGCCAACACUGAUGCAUCGUAAAAUUCCAGUUGACACCUGGUUCUGCUAUCUGGGCUUCCUGGAUUUUGAGAGCAUGUGAGUCAAGACAAGAUUAUUGUUCUCAUUCGAUCUCUUCUGUGCUUGGUAAAGUCUACCAGAGCAAGUUGUAAUCCAGCCCAAGGGGCCAUCCUGCAGCCUCAAGCCCCUGGUUGGUGAUGACCGUGAACAGACCCCGUGAUGUCUAUGACAGAAUGGAGAUAAACAGGCUCUGCUUCUUCUCCACUGGAUGUCUGCCAUGUCUCUGUUUCACCCUGGCCUGCAACCAAGCUGCUGGUGAAAAAUAGUGAUGUGUCUGCUCCCCAAAGGCCAAAUCCCAGCAGAAAUGUUUGAAACCUGCCUGCAAGUGACAGUCCAGGACUCCAUCUCCCCUGAGUAGGGUUGGUAUUUAUGGGAUGUGUUAGUCAUGCAGGAACAGUUAGAAGUGCUGCCGCAACAAAUUGUGAACUCAUGCGUGGCCAUCAAAUAAUGAAUUUGUUCUAGAAGACAGCAAUUCUUCAGAGCUUGACUGAUCCCUUGCAGAUUGGAAACCACAAGGGAUGUUGUUAGGCACUGAAAAACAUCCCCCUUUUAUUGCUGAUGAUGUAUUUAAGCCUCCAGCCCACUGGACUGCUUCAGCUAAACCUGAGGCUUAUGUGUUCUACCUGAUGUUCUCCCAAAGGCAGGUAGGUUCAUCUGUAAGACCUGUGGUAGGCUUCAAGCAGCCGCUAGAGUUUGGGUUGGCUGGAAAACAUGCAUACUUUCAUGGCUAAAGAGAGAAUGCUGCUACAUCAGGAGCCCAUCACUCCUAGUAAUGGAUGCCUGACUCUGUCAGUGCUGAAAUAAUCAUUUCUCACGUUUAAUCUCACAUUUCUUUAUUACUUUGUGUAAGCUGGGUCCCCGCAAUUAUUUGGCGGAGAACACGUGCCCUGGGCUCACAUCUCCCUUACUGCACGGGGCCCAGAGAUGUGCUUUCUGUGCCCCUACAAACACAAUUCUGAGACGCUGCAGAGAAAAAUAUCUCACUAAAACUGCCAAACUACAAUCUAUAGAUGUGCGGGGCGCCGUGGUGUUCCUGCUUUGACGCUGCUUUAUAAAGGAGUCCCGCAUACGGGGCUCUGGGCCUGCCCUCCGCGGCCUGCUUCUCGCAUCCUUUCAGGCCGCCAUCUUGCGCCACCGCGUCGCCAUGGAAACGCGAAGCCCCCACCGCGUCGCCAUGGAAACGCGAAGCCCCCACCGCGUCGCCAUGGAAGCCCCGCGCUGCCGGACGGGGCUGUCCGCGGCGUUCGCCUGCUGCGGGCGGUGCGGCGGCGGCGGGGCAGCCUCGGGGCCUGCGUGGCUCGGUGUCCCGUGAGCGGAAGGAGGAAGCGCCAUGGCCGGUGCUGAGGGCUGGGCCGGUUUCACGCAGGAGGAGCUGCGGCGCCUGCAGCGAGAUUUAUCUGAACCCCCGGAGCAGCCACGUCGUCCCCACCCUGCAAAUAAGAAUUGGAAGCAACUGCAGCGAGAAAAAGCUCUCCAGCAGCAAUGCCAGAAGCUGGGACUGCAGGGUGGAGCAGCCUCUGUUCCUCCUGAGCAGUUGCUGUCUGCACCAAAACAUAAACCUUGUAAUCCUCAGCAGCCCGUGCCAGCACCUCAUCGUCCUUCAGCAGGUGAAAGGCAACAUGACAGCAAAGAUCAGCAGAAGGAGGCAAGGCCAGCAGGUCCUUGUAAUGGCAGUGACAGUGCCCAGAACCUCACUUCAAAGACGAGCACCAAAGUGGAAAAAAAGAAAGUGGAAUUGCAGGAAAAAUCACGGUGGGAGAUCCUCCAGCAAGAGCAACGGCUGAUAGAAGAGAAGAAUAAACGCAAGAAGGCACUUCUGGCCAAAGCUAUUGCUGAGAGAUCCAAAAGAACUCAAGCUGAAACAGUGAAGCUGAAAAGGAUUCAGAAGGAGUUACAAGCUUUAGAUGACAUGGUGUCUGCUGACAUCGGCAUCCUGCGGAACCGCAUUGAUCAAGCCAGCCUGGACUACUCCUAUGCCCGGAAGCGGUAUGAUAAGGCUGAGUCGGAGUACGUGGCAGCCAAGCUGGACCUCCAACACAAGACAGAGAUCAAGGAGCACCUCACAGAGCACCUGUGCACGAUCAUACAGCAGAAUGAGCUCCGCAAGGCCAGGAAGCUGGAGGAGUUAAUGCAGCAGCUGGAAGUGGAGGCAGAUGAGGAAAAUCUGGAACUUGAGAUAGAGGUGGAGCGGAUGCUGCAGCAGCAGGAGGCAGAAGCAGGGAGACAAGCCAGCCAGUCACAUAAUCGUGCUGGGACAGCUAAAGAAAACUCAGUUCCCACUAUUGCAACAAAGGAGAGUGAGCAUGCUGACCACGCUGAUGCUUCUCCUGCUCUCUCUGAACAGUCUGUGCUGUCUGAAAACUCCGGUACCAAAUCCCUCUCUCAUAUGGACAACCAGACUCAGGCAGUAAAUGUGACUCCAGGAGACUCCCCAGCUUGCUCUGCUACAUGACUGCUAUUUUCAGCCAGCUGGUUAUGGAUGUGAUACUCUCUGCAGGCUUGUGGGCUGUAUGUUAUCUCUGGGCUUCUGCAGUGCCAGUAAUACGCACUUCAUUUUAGAGGAUUUUUUUUUUUAAUUCUUUUUGAGAAAGACCUCUUUUGGGGUUCACCAUCUGUCCUUAUCGUUCUGUUCUCUUAGGUUCAAAUUCUAAUGCCCAGCUCUUCAUGGGGUUUUGUACCUUCCACAUAUGACACUUGGAGGCAAACACUAGGGUUUUUUCCAAGGGCUUUUUUGCAUAUCAGUAUCACAAAUACCUGUUCCAGACAGUGUGCGAGAGAUAUGUAUCUACAGGAGAAAGCUUUGCCACUUACUCUGCUUCUAGAUACAUUCUGUCUGUCCCCUGACAGAUGCAAUAGGAUGUCUAUCUUCCUUUGUAUCCAUAAGGGAUAAGUUUUCAACGGUUUUAAUCCAGUGAAACCCAAGUGCAUAUUUUAAUUAUCUUCAUAGUUUACACUGUUUCCUGUACCUGAUUUAAGAGAUAACCAUGUACUGGGGAAAAUUGCAAAGUUAAUUGUAGUAUUUCCUAUUUAUUGCUUCCUAUUUCUUUCAGAUAGUGCUAGAUGACACAAAGCUCUAUAUUGAUAAUGAAUUUUCUAUGAACUCAGAGCAGCUAUGAUUUAACAAAAAUAAUGGGUGACAAUUUAAGACAUGGCAGAAUGUAUGAUGCAGAAGUAGAAACAAAGAAAACAGAAUUAUGACUAAAACUGUUCCAUUACAAACAUUUUCCUCUGUCACUGUUGCCUCAAAAUGCUAAUAAUGAGCAGGGACCUUGUAAUGAAUAAUUCCCACAGCAUAUUGGAAUUGAGCCCAUUUUCCUGUAAUGUUCGAUGCAUUCUGUUGCCUGAAGAGUGGGUUUGUACCCCACAAGAAGUUGAGCUAUUUCUCUCUGUUGCUGUUGAAAGGCUUUAGAAAACUCUUCCAGGUGGAGAAAGUCUCAGGAAUUAAAACAGAGGACAUAUGAAAGCCUCCAGUAGAGACUGAUGCAGCUGCAAACCUUGGGGACACUGUAGCUAUCCACUUUGUAACAGAGGAAAGCUGCUUCCACUGUGGCAAUGUUUUCUGUAAUACCUGACCUGAACAUGUCAGAGUUUAUGAAUGAGUUACUGAAUGAUGCCAUCAAGUGUAUGAAUGGGACACUAAUUGUUUCUAUGGCUUUAAUAGUGGAAACAAAUAUGUCACUACAUUUCAUUUUUAUUCUAUUAAUAAAUCAGUGCAUCUUCUA